UUUUCAAGAACCCAAAACCCCAAAAGCCAGAGAAGUCUGUUAGCAGUAUUCAGCAGCGGUAAAGAUGAACAAAAAGGAGGUAUUGAAGCUAGCUAAAGGGUUUAGAGGAAGAGCUAAGAACUGCAUAAGAAUAGCAAGAGAAAGAGUUGAGAAGGCGCUUCAGUAUUCCUACAGAGACCGUCGCAAUAAGAAGAGGGACAUGCGUUCCCUUUGGAUUCAACGCAUCAACGCCGGAACUCGCCAACACGGAGUAAAUUAUGGCAAUUUCAUGCACGGGCUGAUGAAGGAGAACGUACAGCUGAACAGGAAAGUCUUGUCAGAAUUGUCGAUGCACGAACCAUACAGCUUCAAGGCCCUCGUGGAUGUCUCUCACAGUGCUUUCCCCGGAAAUAAGAAUGCGAUAGUACCUCCAAAGAAGGAAGGCCUAGCUAUUGUUCUUUGAAUUAAUUUCCUAUAUAUGCACUGCUGUGUGUACUCUUUUCUUCUAUGUUGAUGACUGGUGAAUUAUUUAUUGAAGUCCCGGGAAGUAGAGUAUGGGCAUAAUUUGUGCUAGCAUUUCUGUUAGCAAAUUCCUGACGAUGGUCUUGAAGUCUCCUGUUUCAUGUAAGUGCUUAAAUGGACAUUGUGUUCCCAUCCUUAUUCAAUCCGUUUCCAAGCCA